AUGAAGAACAUGAAUAAAGUCAUACACACCAUCCAUGUAGGUGUUGUUGUUGCCGAGUUUCUUCUAAACACUAACCGUUAUCUACAAGCAAUUGAGUUAUGCAAGGAAUGUUUGCUUUUAUUAAAAAAUUCGGCAGUGGGUAUGGAGGAUCCAAUCCCCAGAGAGUUUUAUGUAGAAAUCAAUCAUAUAAUGUACAAAGCAUAUCUCGACGCGUCUGAUGACGAAAACGCAGAAAGAUGCAACAGGAAACUUCUUUUCGUGUUCCACGAUUUUGGUGAAACCAAACUAGAAGGGAGGUUUAUGCUAGAACUGGCAAUCGUAACUAGCAGGCAAAGAAAGGUGGAAGAGGCGAAAGAACUUUUUGAGAGCGCAAUAAGAAUCUUGAAAGCAACUGGACAAAGAAAAUUAGAGGCCAAUGCUUAUAAUCGAGCGGGAAGUCUUUUGUAUUCACUUCAUAAAUAUUGGAAGGCGAAAGAAUAUUGCGAGAAAGCACUUGCCAUCAGCAUGGAAAUUGAUGAUAAGGAAGGAAAAGCAGGAUGCAUGGAAAACCUAGGAGCUGUGUUAAGAUCACUCGGUGACUAUCAAAAGGCCAGAGAAUAUUACGAGAAAGCACUUGCCAUCAACGUGGAAAUUGGUGAUAAGGAAGGAGAAGCAACAUGCAUCGGAAAUGUGUUAAGCUUACUAGGUGAAAAUCAGAAGGCCAGAGAAUAUAUCGAGAAAGCACUUGCCAUCAGCAUGGAAAUUGGUGAUAAGGAAGGAGAAGCAACAUGCAUCGGAAAGCUGGGAACUGUUUUAAGCUCACUGGGUGAAUAUCAGAAGGCCAGUGAAUAUUAUGAGAAAGCACUUGCCAUCAGCAUGGAAAUUGGUGAUAAGGGAAAAGAAGCAAGAUGCAUCGGAAAGAUAGGAGCUGAGUUAAGCUCACUCGGUGAAUAUAAGAAGGCGAGAGAAUAUUUGGAGAAAGCACUUGCCAUCUGCAUGGAAAUUGGUGAUAAGGAAGGAGAAGAAUGCUGCAUCGGAAACCUAGGAAAGGUGUCAAGCUCACUCGGUGAAUAUCAAAAGGCCAAAGAAUAUUACGAUAAAGCAUUUGCCAUCAGCAUGGAAAUUAGUGGUAAGAGCAAAGAGGCAACAAGCUUCUUAAGCCUAGAAAAUAUGUUUGGAAUGCUCGAUGAGGAUCAGAAGGCUAAGGAGUAUAACGAGAAAGCACUCGCCAUCGCAGUAGUAUCUGGCAGGAAAUCAGAACAAUUACGAUAUUUUUUGAGGGUUGGAUUUACUUAUCUUGGGCUCAGAAAAUAUUCGAAAGCUAAAGAAUAUGGCGAGAAAGCACUUUCUAUUACCUCAGAAAUUGGAUACCAAGAACGUCAAGCAGAUGCAUUGGGGAUCCUCGGCCGAGUGUCUGAUUACCUUAAUGAUCACGUGAUGGCCAAAAAAUAUUACGAGAAGCGACUUGCUAUCGGCAUUAAAAUUGGCAACAGAUCGCUGAUAGGAGAUAGCUACCAAAGCUUAGCAGGAUUCUUCCUACGUAGUGGCAAAUAUGACAAAGCCGACGAAUACCUUGAGAAAGCCCGCGUGAUAAUUUUUGAUGUCGGAGAAAUACGCGGUGAGGUUCACUACCUACUCUUGCUGUCGACCCUGAGGAUAAAGCAAUCAAGGAUCUCGGAAGCACUUUCGCAUCUUUAUCAGUGUAUUUCUAAAUAUGAAAAACUGCGAGAUUUUCAACAUGGAAAUGAACAGUUUCAACAAGGUCUUUUAGAAACUCACGGAGCCUCGGCUUACGAGUUGCUCAGUGAAUUGCUAUGUUCUACGGGAAAUCUUCGAGAUGCGCUUUAUGUCGAGGAGCUUCGACGGGCUAGAUGCUUAACAGACUUGAUGGCACGAAACUUAUCCGUUGAAAAUCACAUCUCUGCUGAUCCAAAGUCAUGGUCUGGGAUGGAAGAGAUCGUGAACAAAGAACAUAACUCUGUGUUCCUCUACAUAACGUAUAGCAGUCGAAUUGUUUCUCUCUGGGUUUUGAAAGCAAAUGGUGACACCGUGUUUCGACAAUCCGAAAAGGUCGACGACGAAACUCUCAUGGCUGAGGGUAGUUUUGAUUUGAAUAGUUAUUUCAACAAAAGCAUCCGCGGCUUUGGCGUUUUACCCUCACAGAAGUUCGAGGAUCAGUCUUGUAACGAAACCAUGCCGAUAUUAAGUGAAAGCGAAGCAGAUUUGAGAGGCGAUCAAGCCAAAGACACUGAAACAAUGCUUUCUGUAUGUUCCAAACUGAUAAUCGCUCCAGUGGCCGAACUACUCACCGAGCCAGAAAUCAUCAUUGUUCCCGAACGUAGCUUGUAUCGGGUCCCAUUUGCAGCCUUACGCGACCAACCAGGCGGAAAGUAUUUAUCAGAGACCUUCAGGCUUCGCAUCGUCCCUUCUCUGUCGACUUUAAGGCUCAUUCAGGACUGCCCAGUGGAUUAUCACAGUCAGACUGGUGUACUGGUUGUGGGAAAUCCCAAGGUGGGCAGUGCACAUUACAGAGGAAAAAUCCAUGACUUUAAACCACUGGCCUGUGCGGAAAAGGAAACAGAGAUGAUCGGACAACUGCUGGGUGUUCAGCCAUUGUUAGGAGAGCGUGCGACAAGAGAGGCGAUACUUCAAGAAAUUAGUUCAGUGAGUCUGAUUCAUAUUGCUGCUCAUGGUAAUGCCGACAGAGGCGAGAUUGCCCUUUCCCCUAGCCCUGUUACNUUUUUGGCAUCCGGUGCACGUUCAGUGCUGGUGACACUGUGGGCCAUAGAGGACGAAGCAACGGAGCAGUUCAUGAGACGUUUCUACAGACACCUAGUGGACGGAUUUAGUGCCAGUGAAUGUCUUCACCAGGCCAUGAAGUGGCUGAGGAACAUCGGCUAUACCAAAGUUUCCCAGUGGGCUCCGUUCAUGCUGAUUGGAGACAACGUGACAUUUAACUUUAAGGAAGAAAGGAAGGACGAAUUGGAAAAGGAAUGA